CCCCCGUGGCGGCAGCCAUGUUGGCGGCGGCGGGUCGGGCGCUGUGCGGGGUCCGGCUCAGUCCAUGGCUGCCCCAGGCAGUUCAGUCUCGAGGGAGCCACUGGYGGACGUCGCUGCUGGAGCUUAAGGCAUCGCUCCCCAUGAGAGCACAACCCAAGAAGAAGAAGAAAGUAGAUGUAAAGAGAGAGCAAGCACAAAAGGAGCGCAUGAAGAAGAAGAUAAGAAAGUUGGAAAAAGCUGCCUCGGAAAUGAUUCCAAUUGAGGAUUUUAUGACACCACCUAAAUACUUGGAAAGCAAGAGAGUGCGAAGUCUUCCACCUCUGUCCUCUGAGGAGAUUGAAAGAAGGGUUCUGCUUAUGAAAAAGUGGUCUCUGUACAAGCAGAAGCAAGAUGAGGCAGAGAAGAAAGCGAUUCAGACUCUUGUCACCUCUCAACAAGCGGCACUAAAGGAGCUGCGCCUUGAAUCAGAAGAGCUCUAUCAAGCAGCAAUAAAACGAGAUGAAGGACUUUUUCCCUUUGAGAGGGAUGGACCUAAUUACACCCCACCRCUUCCUGAUUAUGAUCCUCCUGAAGGAAAAUGCACUGAUAUCACCAAGGUGUACACACAGUGACCUGGGAARGGUUUAGUGGUCAUCAGGCACGAACUACUCAGCUGGUUGAAGAAGGGAAUGAAUGAUUCCUGUUGCAGUUUAAGACCUUAUGGGGGUGUGACUGUCUUAACAACCAAAAAAUCCACCAUGAAAUGUUUUUCUUGAAAACCUAGAUAAUAAAGCAUCCAACAAAAUUSUUCUGCUCUACU